CGUAAUAUAUCUAGAAAAAAUUGCAGUUUGCAUGAUCUACUGUAGAUGCAAAGCUACAUGGCCUGAAACCCACAAUUUUAGCUCUAUAAGUCCUGAUCUAUAUUGUGUCCUUUAUCUUUAGGGAAUAUUUUAAUAAGCAGAUAUGACAGAUAUAAAACAUCCAGUUUUUGAAAAGAUAUUCUUAUGGAACAAUACUCAGAGCUCGUUGCUGUUGAGCUCCCUGAGUCUGGUUCCUGGCACUAGUGAGCACAAGGCUGUUGAGGAGGGCAAAUUGGCAUUUUCAGAACAAGAUGUGGCAUUAGCCAAAGAGCAGUCAAGGAAUGCCUUGUGCAUGUCAGAGGGAGGUGUGCAGUGCAGUGUGUGUGAUGUGGCCCUCAAUGAUCGGCAAGAGCAGCUGCUGCACUACAGCACUCCUUACCACCAGCAUAAUCAGGAACGGCUACUUCGGGGUCUCCAGUGCCUCACUCUGCACCAGUUCCAUACACAAGCCCCCCAAACGCCUGAUGAUAGCAGCUUAUCUGAGUCUGAUGAGGAUGACCAAGACAGCUGUUCUGACAGUCAGUCAGAUCAAGAAGCCAAUGAUGAUGACUCAAGAGAAAGUGUGGCUGCUAGUGUAUUACCAGGCGACAGGGAGCCCCGCCUCUACUUCCUGAACAGCGCUCUUGGAUGUGUUGUGUCGGUGUGUAGAGCACUGCUUCUGCCUAGGAAGGUCGUCAUAGAGAAUGGACAGGAGCUCGUGUCAGCAGCAACAGAGCUGCCCGGCCGACAACAGUGGGCUAUCUUGCUACAGUCUGGAGGCCACUUUGCUGGGGCAGUCUUUAGGGGCAAUGAAGUCCUGGUACACAAGACGCUACACAGCUACACAGUGCGGGCAGGUCAGGGCAAAUCUCAAGGCUCUUACGACGGCUCCUGUGGGUCCAGCCAUCCUCGCUCUGCAGGGGCCAGCCUUAGGCGCUACAAUGAAGCUGCUCAUGCACAGCACGUACAAGAAGUGGUACAACAAUGGCUGCCGCUGCUGCAAUGUUGUCACCUGAUCUUCACGCGCGUCAGUCGCCGUAAGCGCAGCCUUCUGUUCCGCAGCGGAAAGUCCUGCCUAAUCGAUCCCAGUGACACGCGCCUGCGCAACAUUCCGUUCUCGACUCGGAAGCCCACUUUUGCUGAGCUCAAACGUGUGCACGGCCUUCUUGCGGAAGUCAGGGUGCAUGGUUCGAUGGAGGCGUUUCUGGCCACUCUGGGUGACAAGUUGCGGCCCGGACGCGAUAAGAGCUGUGGACGCUCGCAAGAACAGCUCAAACGCGAGCGUUGCAGGCGCUUCUCCAGGAGCCUCUCGGUCAAAUCGCGAAGCAACAGCCACAGCAGCAGCAGCAAAAGCAACAGCAGCGACGAGCAGCUGCCAAGACCGUCACCUACGCCACGUGGGGACCUCCACGUCAGUCCUGGCAAACCUGCCAAGAAGAAGAAGAAAAAGAAACAAAAAAUAUCUGGCAAUAAUGUAGACAUUGUCAAGAGUCGUCAGGAAACUAUUGAUGAAAUCGACCGAGAGAGGAGCAUGGAGAAGCUGCGAGAAGAGCUGUACACGGUGUGUAGGUGUGGAAACCUGCAGAGGAUGAAAGCCCUGCUCGCCUUCUGCCAGUCCGGCGACAUCAACGAUGCUAAAGAUCAGGACCUGGGUGCUGGUGUAGUGUCGUGUGUAGAGCGCUACUGGCAGAGCAUCAGUCUCCUGGACAUGACCAUGACAGAGACGCACAAGACGGCUCUGCACGUCGCUACAGAGAACAACAAACUCGACCUCGUCAAAUGGUUGCUGGAAGAGGGAGGCUGCGAUCCCUCCACACAAGACAGUCGUCAUAGAGCGCCGUACUCCUGCUGCUCGACCAACGCAGGCAGGCUUCUCUACCGCCGCUACCGAGCCCAACAUCCCGAUGCUCAUAACUACGCCAAGAGUGCCAUUCCUGCUCCAUUGAAUCCCGAAGAAGAGAAACGGAGGAACAAAGAAAAAGAAGCUAAGAGAAUUGCUCAGAAAGCGCGACAGAAAGAGAACAAGCUCAAGAAACAGAGAUUGUUGGAGGAACAGAAGGAACGGCAACGCUAUCUCAACCUAAGCGACCGAGAAAAGCGCGCCUUGGCAGCUGAGCGUCGACUGCUGUCGUCGCAGCCCACGGCGACCGAGCGGCCAGUGUUGUUACGAUGCUUCCAGUGUGCCUGUGACAUAUCAGGCCUCGUGCCCUACGAGUACAGCGAUAACCAGUUCUGCUCAACUGCUUGUGUCCGCACACACCGGGACCUGCACAAGACAUCGAGAUAAUCGACGUACAGCACCCUUUAUAAGAGACAUUAUCAACAAAUCAUUUAUAAAC